UAACAGGUUGGUGGUAUAAUUUGGAGACUUUAAGGGGUGUCAUGCUAGGAGCUUAGGCAAGAGUCAGGCACUGUCCUCUCACAGGCAAGUAAGAGGAACAGGGAGGUGGAAGCGGGCGAGGCAGGUAACGUUUGCCAGGCAAGUUUGAGAGGGGCCCGAGGCCAUGAGUGAGCAGGGCACACAGAAGACGGGUGAUGGCACUGUUUCCCGCCUGCUCAACGUGGUGGAGAGAGAGCUUCAGGCAGGGAGAGAAAAGGGUGACCCGACGGAGAAGGAGCUGCAGAUCAUCCUGGAGGACGCCCCUCUCUGGCAGAGAUUCAAGGAAGUCACCAACGAAAUGAUCGUGACCAAGAAUGGCAGACGAAUGUUCCCUGUUCUAAAGAUCAGUGUCACGGGGCUGGACCCCAAUGCCAUGUACUCCCUCCUGCUGGACUUUGUCCCAACGGACAGUCACCGCUGGAAGUAUGUCAAUGGGGAAUGGGUGCCCGCGGGCAAGCCGGAGGUCUCCAGCCACAGCUGCGUCUACAUCCACCCGGACUCCCCCAACUUCGGGGCCCACUGGAUGAAGGCGCCCAUCUCCUUCAGCAAGGUCAAGCUCACCAACAAGCUCAACGGAGGUGGGCAGAUAAUGCUGAAUUCUCUGCAUAAGUACGAACCCCAGGUUCACAUCGUGCGUGUGGGCGGGGCCCAUCGAAUGGUGAUGAACUGCUCCUUCCCUGAGACCCAGUUCAUAGCUGUGACGGCCUAUCAGAACGAGGAGAUAACAGCUCUGAAAAUCAAGUACAACCCCUUUGCCAAAGCCUUCCUGGACGCCAAGGAAAGGAACCACCUCAAAGAUGUUCCAGAAGCUAUCUCUGAGAGCCAGCAUGUGACCUACUCUCACUUGGGAGGCUGGAUCUUUUCCAAUCCGGAUGGCGUGUGCACAGCAGGCAACGCCAAUUACCAGUACGCGACGCCCUUGCCGCUGUCUGCUCCCCACACCCACCACGGCUGCGAGCGCUAUCCUGGCCUCCGGGGACACCGGCAGGCGCCCUACCCUCCUACGUACGUGCACAGAAACCAUUCUCCCUCAGUGAAUUUGAUAGAAAGUUCCGGUAAUAAUCUGCAAGUUUUCUCUGGAGCGGACAGCUGGACGUCCUUGUCCUCCACACCCCAUGCCAGCCUCCUGUCUGUACCCCACACCAGCGGACCCAUCAAUCCAGGGCCCAGCCCAUACCCGUGCCUGUGGACCAUCAGCAACAGCGGUGGGGGCCCUGCAGGGUCGGGCCCAGAGGUGCACGCCGGGUCCCCAGGGGCCUUUCUCCUGGGUAACCCCGCCGUGACUUCACCCCUCUCCACCCAGGCACCCACUUCGGCUGGUGUGGAGGUUCUGGGGGAGCCCUCGCUGACCAGCAUUGCCGUGUCCACCUGGACAGCAGUGGCCUCGCACCCCUUCUCGGGCUGGGGUGGCUCGGGUGGGGGUGGACGCCAUUCUCCCCCCUCCUUGGACAGUUAGGCAGGCGCCUAGGGAAGGUGUCAGCAGGGAACCGGUGUGUGUAGGGCACGUAGAAACCCCAUCUACGUUCCCGGUGAGUCAGACUGCAGGGUCUCCCCACCCAGUGAGCUGGAGGGUGGGGUGGCUUCAACCGGAAGCCUUCUGGAAGAUUGUUUAGUGUGGAUGAUGCUAAUUAUAUCACUUGCAUCUGUUCUAGAAUUUUCCUUUGGUACUUCCAUUUUUCUCUGCAACUUAUCCAGACUAUGCUUAGGCAACAAAAGUUUGUUGAGUACCUUGUGCCCUGCCCUGUACUCUGAAAUGAUUCUGGAAGGCUGCACGUCCUGUCCUGCGAGGUGGUGCAAAGAUAUUAAGUGAGAGCUCCAAGUUUCCCGAGCCUCAGGCCACUCCUCGCAGCUUUGUGCAGCCCUGGAAAGGAUGUGUGGCCCCAGGGCUUCUGCUUCCAGCAUGAAAUUAACAAAACUGGAACUAAUCACAUGAUGGAGCAGUGUGCCUGGGAUGGAGGAAGUGAGGUCGUCUCGUUCCCUUGCUCGGAAGCCUUGCAGCAGGAAGCCACAUCGCCCCACUCCCAGCACAGCCUCAGACCGCCUCCAGCUUUAGCUCCCUCUGUUACCCGUUAGCAUCCUGUGUUGCAGUCGGGGCAGACACCCUGCCUCGGUUCUCUGCACAUUCAGUGCAGUUACACACCUCUAGACCUUCUCCCGUGCCUGAGCCGUCCUUGCCUGUCCAGUCCCACCUGUGUGAAUCCUGUUCAUCUCCCAGGGACCAGCCAGAAUGCCACUCCCCGCAUCCAGCGUCCUCCCUGCCCGGCCCACGACCUCCCCGGCUCCCUGCUCUGCACACCUGGUUUUGCCUCUGCCAUAGAGCUCACCUCGUUCUGCCUGUGUGUUUCGUACCUGCGUGUGUGUCUCUCUCCCACUAGACUGUAAGCCCCUUGGGGGUGAGGCCUAGCCUUGUCUUUGUACCCACAGCUCCUGGUCCUGUGCCUUGCCUACUGUAGGUGCCCAAUA